AUGGCUUACAGUGCAGUAUGUUACCUGGUAAUUACACACAAACCUUUGUUUACUGUAUUGUCCUGAAACUUCAGUGAUUCUGGAUUGUGGGCACCAGUUCUACAGACUCUGUAUUAUCAUGAUUUCAUAGAGAACAUUGAACCUUCCCAUCAAGAAGUCCAGCCUGAAUUGAAAGCUGAUAGCUCAGGUUCAGAAAUCUUUGGGAUCAAAAGUGUAACAGAAUACAGGAAACUGACUGCAGGGAGAAGGACGAAAUGCAUAAUCUGUGUGCUAAAAGUAGGAAAACAGAGCAGUGCUGUGGGCAACACAGACGGAAACUGGAGUUGUUCUGUUUAGAUGAUGAGGUCUUUAUGUGUGUCCUGUGUGUUCCCAGACAUUCCUGUCACAGUUUUGUGUUCUUGCAUGAAGCAGUUGAUAUGUAUAAGGAUAAGCUAACAUCAAACUUGUCAUGCCUACAGUUAAAACUGAAGGAUUUUAAAGAUUUGCAGAACAGCAGUAAUAAGGAAAUCCUUGGCAUACAGAAAUGUGCCUGCAGUUUAGAACAAUACAUUACGCAACAGUUUGUAAAACUGCACCAGUUUCUCCAUGAAAAGGAACAAAAACUCCUUCAGCAGCUUAAGAAUGAGGAAACAGUUCUGAAAGAGACAAAAGAAAACCUUGAAUGCAUUAAAAUUAAUGUUAUGAAUAGCCAAGUAUCUGAUGCCAACUUGGAAUUCAGGAAUGAAAAACUGAACACACUAUCAGAAAUGGAAGAAAAUUCUGAAAACAUUAAAAAUUAUGCUCUAGUAAACGAGAAGCCAGAAUCUGAUGAUGAUGAUCAUCGUAUAAAGCUUAGAAAACGGGAAACAAUUGGAUUUUUAGCAGAACAUACCAACAGUUUGAAACAAUACAUCACACUACAGUCUGCAAAACUACACCAGUUUCUUCGUGACAAAGAAGAAAAAUUCAGUCAGGAGCUUAAGAAUGAAGAGGCAAAAGUUCCGAAAGACCUGGGAGAAAAUUGUGAAUUCAUUAAAAUUAAUGAGCUUGACACCCACAUGGCAGUGUCUGAAGCCAUCUUGGAGCCCAAGAAUGAAGAAGUGGGGACUCGGACAGAGAUGCAAGAAAACUCUGAAGAUAGUUAUGCUGUGGUAACUCGGGACACAGAAACUAAUGAUAAUAUGGAGUUUAGGAAACAGGAAACCACCGGCUUGUUAACAGUGCCAGAAACAUUUGAGGAUGUUGCAGUCAUAUUUUCUGAAGAAGAGUGGAAGAUGUUAAGAAAACAGGACAAGGAGCUUCACAGGGAAGUGAUGGUACAAAAUUAUGACAGCCUACUUUCAUUGGGUUACAGAAUCUCACCAAGGAAUUUAUUACUACUCCUUAAAGAAGGUGGUGAUGUUGAACUGCCACAUGAUGAUUUGGAAGGGAAAAAUAUCACAGAACAUGAAGCUAAUACCGAAGACAAGUUCAGUAGGAGGAAAACUCAGCUAUAUCACCAAUCGCAGACUCUGCAACAGUGUUCUCAGCCUGUAAAAGGCGGUAACAAGCUUCAUCUCCUUCCGGUACAGCCGCUUUCAUCGGCUCCUAACUGCAGCAAUAACUCUGAAUGUGACAAUGGUACCCCUCAGUUACAGCAUUCAAAAGAAAACAUACAACAGUGUGCUCAGUCUAUGAAGAGCUCCAACAAGCUUCAUUUCACUGCUAUAGUCCAGGUUCAGUCUGGACUUAAUUGCACCCACAGCUGUAAAGAUGAGACUGAAACCCUGCAGGUACAUCACCUGACAGAGAACCUGCAGCAGUGUGAUCAGAGCGUGAAGAGCUCUGACAGGCUUCUUAUUCCUGCACCACAACCUCAUCCAGGAUUUAACUGCUGCAAGAGUUAUGAGUGUCACAGUGGAUCCCCUGAGUUGUUCCACCUGUCAGAGCACACUGCUGCAGGUUCUCCAUCUUUGAAUGGUUACAACAAGUGUCAUAGUCCUGCACUGCAGCUACACUUAGGACAUACCUGCAACCAGAGCUCUGAAUAUGACAAUGGAAUACCUCCAGUGCAUCACCUGGCAGACAAUGUACAGCAACAUGGUCAGCAGUUUAAGGAUUAUGUCAACUGCCACCAGUCAGAAAAUAACUGCCACAAGAGCUCUGACUAUAGCCAAAGUUUGAGUGUACAGAAAAGCCCAGUGACGUACUCAAGGAUUCAUAAAGAGAUGAAAUCAUAUAACAUUCCGACAGGAGAGAAGCCUUAUAAAUGUGUUGAAUGCAGCAAGUGUUUUUCAAAGAAACAUAUUAUGAUACGUCACCAGGCUGUUCACACAGAAGCGAGACCAUAUAAGUGUCCUGACUGCAGUAAGAGUUAUAAAGGAAAGAGUUCACUCCUGUAUCAUCAAAAGACUCAUCGUGGGGAGAAACCAUAUAAAUGUGAUGGAUGCAGUAAGUGUUUUAAACAGAGGAGUGAUCUUGUACGCCAUCAAGCUAUUCACAGAAGGGAGAUGCCAUAUAAAUGUCCUGACUGCAGUAAAUGUUAUAAACAGAAGGAUGCUCUUCUGUACCAUCAAAAGACCCACAUGGAGAACAGACCACAUAAAUGUCCUGAAUGUGGUAAGAGUUAUAGAGGAAAGAGUGCUCUUUUGUAUCACCAAAUGACACAUACAGAGGAGAAACCGUAUAAAUGUUCUGAAUGCAAUAACAGUUACAGGGCAAAGAGCUCUCUCCAAUAUCAUAAAAGGGCACACUCAGGGAAAAAAUUGAGGGAUGAAAAGUCAGCAAGCAAUGGACGGAUGAAAAGUCAGCAAAUGCCUAAGUUGCUACAAAAGAAUCACAUUAAUCCUGCAGAGCAGAAUAAUCAGCAAACGGCAGCAGACAGUUCUUGGGGUUGCAAAGCCUCUGUGAUUCAUUGUGUAGAGUUUUUUGGGUGUGACUGA